GUGAUGUUUGGCAAGCCUGGUUUAUAUCCAUCUACAAGGUUUGCGAACCCAUGUUGCCGAUUCAGUUCUGCUACCACCAAAAAGACCAGUGUUUACUUUUCUUUGAAAGAAUGGAGACUGCUUGGAACACCAGCAGAUGAGGAUUUCAAGAAGCUUCCCAAACCUUGUUCUCCUUGGCAAGUGAUAGUCCGUUCUGAGAAACACCUGACACCAUGGGGAAACGGGAUAACCGGGUGGCCUACAUGAAUCCUAUAGCAAUGGCCAGAUGGAGGGGUGCCAGUCAGUCUGCAGGUCCAACAAUACAAGAUUAUCUGAAUCGACCAAGGCCCACCUGGGAAGAAGUGAAGAAGCAAUUAGAGAACAAAAAGAAAGGCUCCAAGGCAUUGGCUGAAUUUGAAGAAAAAAUGAAUCAAAAUUGGAAGGAUGAGCUUGAGAAAAGCAGAGAGAAAGUAUUAUGUGGAAAAGUAAGAUCAUCCAAAAGAAAAGAAAGAAAGAAAAAGAAAAAGAAGAAAUCUUGUCAGAGUACAUCUUCACCAAGCUCUGAUUCUUCAAGCAGUUCCUCAGAUUCUGAGGUUGAGCCCAAGAAACAAGAGAAAAAGAGGAAGAGAAAGAAGAACCGUUCACACAAAUCAUCAGAAAGCUCCAUGUGUGAAUUGGAAUCACAGGGCAACGUGUUACCCCCAAAGAAAAAGAAGUCAAAAGAUGAAGCUGAGAAAGAAAAAUACACCAAAAGCUGCAGCAGAAAAAGAAAGAAGGUUUGUCCUGAGGAUAAGCCAUCUUCAUCGGAAUCCUCAUUAGAAUCAGAUUAUGAUGAGGAGGUACAGGCAAAAAAGAAAAGAAAGCAUGAAGAGCAAGAUAAAAACAUGGAAAAAGUGAAAAAGAAGAAGAAGAAACAUCACAAGAAACAUAGUAAGAAGAAGAAGAAGAAGAAGUCUAGCUCAAGUCAUAAAUCAGUUUAACAGCACGGGGAAAAAAAACAGGCUUUCUCUAUUUAAAAUGAAGAAAAGUCUAAAAGAAACUUCAACUGUGAAAGCUAGGGCAUAUUUACCAAACUGCAUGAGAUUCCCGGUGUUGUUAGAUUUA